CGCGCUCCCGCCCCCUCAGGGCCGCCGCCAUCUUUCCGCGCCGCCGCCGCGAUGCCGGAGGAUCACGACUGGGAGGCGUACAAGGUGCCGCCGACCCGCACCCCCGUCUCCGAGAGGACCACGUCGGUGCCCAAUCCCGUCGAUUACUUCCAGACCGCCUUCAACUAUGUGCUCGACGCGCCCGUCACCUUCAUCCGAGGCUGGAUCGAGCGGUGGCAGAACAACAACAAGUUCUACUACUACCACCAGAAGUUCCGCCGCGUGCCUGACCUGAGCCAGUGCCUGGAGGGCGACUACCUGUGCUACUACGAGGCCGAGGCUCAGUGGAGGAGGGACAGGAUGGUUGACCAGGAAAUCGUGGAGAUCGUCCGGGAAAGGGUGGCUGCGUGCAAGCAGAGGGAAGGGCCCAACCAGUUGCAGAACUGUGCCAAGGAGAUGGAGCUGCUGGCACAGGUCACCAAGGCCUACCAGGACAGAUACGGGGAUCUGGGUUACCACGGCAACGCACGGACAUGCCUGAUGAAGCAGAAGCACAGGAUGAUGGAGGAGAGGAAGGCAGCACAAGAGAAUCAGUAGAGCUACAACAGUUCCUCCCUCCAUGGUGCUGCUCUCCGAGUGCAUGCUGCUUCCUUGGCCUCCACAAUAAACAGACAUCUGUACA